UGCAAUUCAAUAUCACACCGUCCUGGAUUAUGUUAACAUGGUCUAAAAUCCCGUUAAGGAAACCGUGCAGGUAAAUGAAAGUCAAUUUGCCGGCAUAACCUGCCCGAAUGGCGCUUCGUUGCUUCAUUGUCGCUGCUUAUUCAUCGAUAGAAUUUCACAAAUGCCAAUAUAUCUCAGCGACCCCGACAAGCUUUGCGAGCUAUUCAGUCAUUCCUGCUACCUUACAUAAUAAACAACCAUAUGAAGUACCAGCAGAUCACUAUAGCCGAUUAUUAUCAAAAGCUUCACGAAUUGUUUCGUAUGAAGUCUACAGCCGAUGUACAUACUACCACUGGGUCGCGAUGGAAGCCAGUACAGAAAGCGACAUCGGCGUGUCGAGAGUCUCAGGUUAUUACGGACCCGGGGCGAUAUCCGCUUGGUGGUUACUGACCAUCGCGACGUUAAUCAGUUCAUUUUACGGAGAAAUGGUAGCACCUGGAGUCAGAAGGCCGCCAUCGAUCUGGAAUCUCUUCAAUAUCGAUCCGGGCGUCCUCGCCUCUACGGGAUAUCCCUGCGUCGCGAGCUUCGACCUCUUGUACAAUCUCAAAGCAUAUACCUCGGACCAGCACAACGUCGCGCUCUACUGCGCGCCGCUGUUGGUGGUGAUGGAGGCGCAGCUAGCCAUGGUUUUACUCAUCUCUGCGGUCCUGGGGCGGGGGUCGCUGCAAGAUGGACGUCUGCGGUUCACAGAUCUUACCUUGGUCUUGAUGUUCUUGCUUUACUUUUGUAUCGUCCACCACGUAACUGUCUUGGUAUGCAUCGACAAAGUACUCAUCUUCGCACGCAACUCGAUUGUGCCUUUGGGACCAUGGGCAUGGGAUGAAGGUGCCAGUUAUGUGAGCGAGUGUGAGCGGAAUGUCGACAAUUACAUCAAAAGGCUCAUAUAUCCAGACCGAACAGAUUCGAGCGGGGACUAUAGACCAGGGGAUCCUCGGGCCAGCAACUAUGAGGGCUCCGAGCUUAUCAUGUGGGUGUUCAGCAUAUUCUGCGUACUCGGGAUCGUGUUUAUAGUGAUAGGCCAUAGCAAGGGUUCUUUUGCUGUCGGACAAACACGCUAUGAUGGUUGCCUCGGUGCACUGGCUCUACUUUUGGGGGUGAGCCUUGCCUGGAUGUUUGUUUGGACAAUAUUCGCACCGCUAAUGCUGAACAUACUCGUACUAUGUGAAAGCAUUGUGCUGCGACUGUUAUUCAUGGGCAUCGGGACAGUUUUUAUACCUCAAAGCACGGCGUCGUUUCUGGACUUGGAUCAGAUGGCCGCCUUCAUCGUUGGUGGGUUGAUACCACUAGUCAUGAGUGCAGCGCCUAUCGCGAAGAGGAUCUUGGAACGUUAUCGCAGCAGUCGGUCGCAGCUGGCUGCAUUGGACAAUGAGGAGGCUACAGUCUAACUUAUCGAUGUAUAUAGGCGCA